CCUGGCCAGUAAAGUUGUAGUCUUGACUCUUCCUCUAUUUGAGAGGUCUCUCACACACAGCUUUUAAAUGCAUUUUCACUGCCAUCUCAUCAUUGGAACUGAAAAUAAAAUGCACUGCAUGUUUUCACAAUUAUCAUGCCUGGAAAUGAUACCAUUUGCUGCCUCAUAUCUUUAUGUAUUGCAUUAUAGAAGGUAGCAACAGGUAUACCUAGGUACUGUAUGUCACAUGUUCACCAUCCUCCACACUAUUUACAUAGCAUUAUUAAUAAGCAAGCUGUUGUUGUAGGAUGUUUCAAGGAUAGCAUACUGCAAAAACAAGUCUCCACUCAGAUAAGGAUCACUGAAUUUUGAUAGGGGCGGAGUUGGGCUCUCCACAACAGUUGUGUGAGGAGGGAGGAACUCCACAUUCUUAUAAAAGGCGAGUGGCUGUGUUGACACAAUUGAGUAGCUGGAGCAGACAACUCUGUAUUGUAGGCCAACUGCUGAUCUAGAAUGGCACAGAACGGAACAACAGAGAAUGGAGUGGCUGAAGAAAUCCAGGCUUUGCCUUUUCCCCAGCCUGUCAAAGUCCAGGAGAUCAAACACAACAAGAUUUUUAUUAACAAUGAAUGGCACACAUCCAGCAGAGGAAGGACAUUUCCAACUCUCAACCCAACAACAGGUGUCAAAAUCUGUGAUGUGGAAGAAGCAGAUCAAGAAGACGUGGAUAAGGCGGUGGAGGCGGCCAAGGCGGCCCAGCACCGAGGCUCUCCGUGGCGGAGAAUGGACGUGUCUAGCCGGGGGAGGCUGCUGCACAAACUGGCUGACCUGAUGGAAAGGGACCGGCUCCUGCUGGCGACCCUGGAGACUCUGGACACGGGAAAGCCCUUCCUACAGUCCUUCUUUAUUGAUCUGGAUGGCAGCAUCAAAACCCUUCGUUACUAUGCGGGCUGGGCUGACAAGAUACAUGGCAAGAGUGUCCCUGUAGAUGAAAGCUUCGUGUGUUUAACUAAACAUGAGCCUGUUGGCAUAUGUGGAGCCAUCAUUCCUUGGAAUUUUCCUCUGCUGAUGUUCAUAUGGAAGAUAGCACCAGCCCUGAGCUGUGGAAACACUGUGGUCAUCAAGCCAGCAGAGCAGACCCCACUCACAGCCUUGCACACUGGAUCACUAAUCAAAGAGGCAGGCUUCCCUCCUGGAGUUGUGAAUAUUGUUCCUGGGUAUGGUCCCACAGCAGGAGCAGCCAUUGCCAGCCACACAGACAUUGACAAAGUGGCCUUCACUGGCUCUACAGAGGUAGGCCAGCUGAUCAAAGAAGCGGCAGCCAAAAGUAAUCUGAAAAGAGUGACCCUAGAGCUGGGAGGGAAGAACCCCUGCAUUGUCUUUGCUGACAGUGAUUUGCAGCUGGCUGUGAAGGAAACCCAGAAAGGAGCUUUUUAUAACCAGGGCCAGUCCUGCACAGCUGCAUCACGUGUCUUUGUGGAGGAGAGUAUUUAUGAAGAGUUUGUGAGAUGCAGCAUAGAAAAUGCCAAGAAGAUUGUUACAGGAGACCCACUAGACCCCCAGACAUCACACGGACCACAGAUUGACCGGCAUCAGUUUGACAAGAUUAUGGACCUGAUAGAAAGUGGAAAGAAGGAGGGAGCCAGGCUGGAGUAUGGAGGAGCAUCUGUGGGCGAGAGGAGCCUCUUCAUUCAACCCACCAUCUUCUCCGGGGUCAAAGAUCAUAUGCGCAUCGCCAGGGAAGAGAUCUUUGGUCCAGUGCAGUGUAUAUUGAGCUUCAAGAACCAGCAGGAGGUCAUCGAUAGAGCAAACAGCUCCCAGUACGGCCUGGUAUCAGCAGUCUUCACAAAAAGCAUGGACAGAGCUCUGUCUGUGUCUGCAGCCCUUGAGACUGGUACUGUCUGGAUAAACUGCUACAACGCCCUUCAUGCCCAGACACCCUUUGGAGGGUAUAAGAUGUCAGGAAAUGGACGAGAGCUUGGAGAGUAUGCUCUGGCUGAGUACUCGGAGGUGAAAGCAAUAACCAUCAAACUGAGUGAAACCGUGUGAUGACAGGAACUGGAAAAAUCCAGUGCUCUUACUUCCCCUUACAUCUGGCCACAACACAGUUCUCUCCAACCCCUGCACUUUCUUCUUUGUCUUCAGUCAUGUUCACCAUGUUGUAAUUAAGCUUAGGCCAGUAUAUCAGUUGGUGUAUAAUUAUAACAGAGCCCAAAAAGAAUCACAGUUUUUUCACCUUUUCUAUGAUAUACAGAAGGUGAAGGUAGGAAUAAUUAUGGAGAAACUAAUAAAAGAACUCAGUGAAUUCAUUCUGCUGGAUUGACCCAUAGAGCGCAGCAGAUCCGCGGAUCAAGAAAAAAUAUUACAUUUGUCUAAAGCCAGUUUUAUGUUUUUUUUUAAGGAAAAUACAAAAACUAAAAACAAUGAAAGCAUAGAUUUGGUAAUUUGACAAAAAAGAACAAAUCUAAGAUCCACAAUAUUUUUGAGGAGUAUGGUUCCAUACUCCUCGAAAAUAUUAAAGCUUUUGGUCAUAUUUUGGUGGCCUUCAUCAGUGGAUGGAGUUUACUCAUUUGUUAGUUCACCACAUGGCCUACAUGUAAGUGUGUGGGGAGAUGAUAAUCACCCCAAGUGUCUUGUGUGCACCAGCGUUUCCCUAAGGUCCUUCUUUUCUUUGAGUCCUAGUCCCACUCACUCAAGAUGUGACAAAAAAAAUGUAAAGAGAAAAUGCCAGGAAAGAGGAAUCGAGGAAUUUUAUAUAGUCAAUGCCAUUUCCUUCCACAAAAGACAUCCACGAAAGAUGGUCUCUUGUUUCCUCAUUCACAGUUCCUCCUGCAGCCUCCUUGCUGAUCCUGAACAGAUAUAAGAGUCUUGUGACAUCUUUGAUUGACUGGAACGAAUUCCUGGUCGAGUGAGAAUCAAGGACAGAAGAACAAUCAUAAAAGAGACUUGAGAUGCAGCGCUGGUCUUUCUUCAUAUGUAGAUGGCCUCUGGUUAUAUUGGUUACUUUUCCUGGAAAGGGUUUUUCUGAAUCUGCCUGCUUUAAGUGAUUAAGUGAAGACAGGAGUGACAACCAGAAGUCCAGAUGAGAAGACAGCUGACCCAUCUGCAUGAUAACUGAUGAACUGAUGUAUGUGUCUGGUGAUGAAGCCCACGAGUUGUUGUGACCAUAAGCUUUUUUUCAAUAAUGAAAGUUCAGGAUUGGUUCUUGAAGGAGCUGCACCCAAGACUCACCACUGAGUGUUUUUUUCCAGCAUUAAAGGUUUAGGGCCCUGGUUUUCCAGGGCAGCCCCAAUUUCUUUUUGUAAUGAUGUAUGCAGAUGAAAAAUCUACCUUUUGUUUCUAAGUGUUUUCUAACCUGGAAUAAUUUAAGGUGAAUGUUCUCUCUGCUAAGGAACUCAGUUUCCUGUCCCAGAUGAGGUCAUAUUUACCUUGCCAGUAAUAUUUUAGUACUGUAAUAGCAAGAAUGUCAACUGUCAUUACAUGGAUAGUGUCAACUUUAACCUUUUUUAGCCAACGUGUUUGCAUGGUUGUUGAUCAGAAAUGGAAAACAAGUCUGUCUGUGUCUUUUCUCACAUUAGAUUUGUAUUUAAAUAUACAUUCUGAAUGAAUAAAAUCAAACAUACUUUUUGUGUAAUCCUUUGCACCUGGUGUAAAGGAAUGUUUUUUAUACUAGAAAACUUAGCAACGUUGCCCAAGGAAUGGAUUUUCAAAGUGCACAUGGCGCAGUGGUUAGGGGGUUCAAGCCCAGGCCG